AUGAGCCUGUUUGCCACACUGCUAAUGGCUGCACCAAGGACAGCCCGGUCCUUUACACCCACUGGUUCGAUGGCAGUAGUGACAACAACGAGAAGAACCAUUCGAACCACCAUGAUGAUGAGUGCCACCGAAGAAGCAGCUCCCGCGGCCCCUCCUGCUGCCAAGAAGAUGAAACCCCGUCGUGUCCUGUCGGGAGUCCAACCCACGGGCAAUCUUCAUUUGGGAAACUACCUGGGGGCGAUUCGCCAAUGGGUGGAGUUUCAAAACACCGAUCAAGUUGAUGACGAAGGCAACGUUGUCCCCACAGAAAAUUUCUUUUGCGUCGUGGAUUUGCAUGCCAUUACCAUGCCACAAGAUCCCAAAGAUUUGAAAGAAUCCACAUUGGCCAGUGCCGCACUCUAUGUCGCUGCAGGAAUUGACCCAAAGAUAUCCAACAUUUUUGUCCAAUCUCACGUCUCGGAACAUGCCGAACUGACCUGGCUACUCAACUGCAUGACACCCAUGAAUUGGCUCGAACGAAUGAUUCAGUUCAAAGAAAAGGCACGCAAACAGGGAGAAUCGGUCGGUGUUGGACUCUUUGACUAUCCCGUACUCAUGGCGGCCGAUAUUCUACUCUAUCAAGCCCAAAAGAUUCCCGUCGGUGAAGAUCAACGACAGCAUUUGGAAUUGGCGCGGGAUAUUGUCCGACGAUUUCACGAUCUCUACUGCAAGGGCAAUCAGUACAAGAAACGAUGCAAAGCCGCCGGCAUUCCCUCACGACAACCCUUUGUAGAACCCGAAGCCAUGAUUGUCAAGGAAGGAGCCCGCAUCAUGAGUUUGACGGAUGGAGCGUCCAAAAUGUCCAAGAGUGAUGCCAAUGAUGGCUCGCGGAUCAAUGUGUUGGAUCCACCCAAGGUGAUUCGCGACAAGAUUAAGCGGUGCAAGACCGACGACAUUCGCGGUCUCGAAUGGGACAAUCCGGAACGACCCGAAGCGACCAAUCUCCUCAACAUUUAUCUCGCCGUGCAACCGGAUCGAACCAAGGAAGAUAUUGUGGAAGAAGUCAAAGACAUGAACUGGGGUGAAUUCAAACCCCUCUUGGGCGAUGCCAUUGUGGCACACUUGGAACCCAUUCAAACGCGAUACCACGAAAUCCGAGCCGAUGAAGAAUACUUGAACUCUGUCUUGAACGAUGGAGCCGCGGCGGCGCGGGGCAUUGCGGCACAAACACUCAAGGCCGCGCAAGUUGCCAUGGGAUUUGCCACCAAGGCAUAA